AAAGUGAUCAAUGUGAAAUACGAGAACCACUUGUUGAAUUGAUGUGAUACUCCUAGAAUCAAGAGUGAAAUUUAUUCAUAAUUUAUCAUUAUAUUGGGGUUGACCCCAUAUCUAAAAAAAGGUUGACACCCCAUCCCUGAGGGCCCCCCAGCACUGACCGGACAUCUAGUUGGAGGAUGUAAAUUGAGCUUUGAUCUCACUCUAAUGGAAAGAGAGUGGGGCUCCAUCCCAAGUCAUUGCUUGGAGUCGAACCUGGGACCUCUCCCUUGUGCCACUCUCUUCCUACCAGGUGAGCCACGCCCCUGGUUGGCCCCAUAUCUAAUAAUCUACAUAUAGACAUUAUGGGUAGGUAAGCGGUAGCUUUAUAUUACUAUGUAGUAAGUGUACGGAGUAACUGCCUAAAUAGGAGUAAAUAAAAGCUAAAUUGCAACAACAUGACUAUAGGAGCAUAAAGUUUAAAUAAAAAAAUGAAAAAGAUAAAAAAUAAAAAAAUAAAAUUACAUGCUGGCCUCAACCACCACCUUAGCGACCUUCUAGCACUGUCACCUCCGGUCGCCAAGAAAAAAUGCCAACCUGCAAAUAAUGUAAUCUUUAUGACAAUUUUGAAAGAAAAAUUUGGUAAUUCCAAAGUAAAAACGUUGCAUUCAUGUCAUUGUAAGAAUUUUAAGAUAAAUGUGACAUUUUUACAAGAGAUAACAUUUUUUCUGGUGAUCGGAGGUGGUGGUACUAGGGGUGGAAGAUGUUGUGGCAACGGGCUAUUCAAUUUUUUUUUUUACAUUUUUGUUAUAAAUUUAUAAAUAUUUUUAUUUUUUAUUACAAAUAAAACUAUGGGGAUGAUAAAAUAAGUCAUACCAGGGAUUGUAGAAAGGGGAUAGAGUAACAAGAGGGAACUCCUAUUUUGGGAAUAAAAAGAUUAUAGUCCAAUUGUUACAUGUAAGAGUAAUUUUUACUCCUAUUUGAGGGUAAUAGCCGUAAGUAUAUUUACAAAUUGGGAGUGAUCAAAGAGGGCGGCCUCUCUUUGCUUUGGAUGUCUUUUAUCACAUUCAGCGUGUGGAUCUGAAUGCUGGCCUAAAAAGUGUGUUAUGAUCAAGCAGAUGAGAUGUAACCUGCCGUAGGUUUUUUAUCCUCUUCUACACCUUGAACGCCACCAUUCAAAUUUAACGCAUCAACCUCCUCCAUCUGACAUUGUGAUUCAAACUUCUUUCGAAUGCGCUUGAUGUACUCUUCAGCUUUGGUAUCAAUAUCAUCAUCAGCCGCCUGUACACUAUGGCCAUGACCAGUUACAUUACUGUCGGCAAUGGUCGUGACGUGAUUGCUUGGCUGAUGAUGAUAACGAUGAUGAUAAUGACGAUGAUCGUUCCGCUGCCACCCAGACGAUGAGGAUGUGGUGGGGCUUGAUGAGGAGGAGCUCAUAAGUUUUUUUUCUUUAUUGGAUGAUUUGAAUCUAAUGUUUUUUGUGCUUUGGCUCGAGCCCAUAUUAUGAUAUCGUAUAUGUGUAUUGGUGUUUGUAUGAGGGAUUUAGUUUUAUAUAUGGAAGGAUCGAUCAGAGUG